AUGAGCUCACAUCAGCGAAAGCGCCCUGGAGGAGCAAUUGAUUCCAGACCAGCUCGGAAACGGAGCAGGCUGCUGCCCUCCAGCGCAGGUGGGACUUCGCAGACGGAGCCAAGAGACCUUGAGGAAAGUGCUACAGCUGCUUUUGAGCCUGCUGGUGGAGAAUUCCUAGAUCUCACAGGUGACUCUUCAGAGCUUGAAGUCAUCGCUAUCAACACAGUUCCCAGUCAGCCCACAAGCACACUCAUGAACACAUCAGCAUGCCUGAGAACAGCUUGCAGAGAGUGGGACAGCCAGCAGAGCCAGCAGCAGCCACAUCUUUCCAGAGCAUCAGAGAAUUCAGCCGAGCCACUGGCAAGGAAUGAUGAAGAGGAACCAAGAGAAGAUGAUGGUGCAUGGUCAGCAGGUCCUGCUAGUCCUCCGAUGGGGGAAGGUGACAACUCACAGGUGCAGGACAAGGAUCAGAGCCAGCAGUACCCACUUGGCUCCAGAGACACAGAGAAUUCAGUCGAGGUACGGGCGAGUGACAGUGAAGAGGAACCAAGAGAUAGCAACGAAUAUGUGACUGAUGAAGAGUCUCUCCAAAGUGCAAUUUCUGAUACAAGGUAG